AUCUGCCAAACAUUCUACUGUGUCAACAAACCCUCUGUUCCAUCACAACAGAAGCUUUGCAGUAGCUGUCAAUUUGAUGGGAGGAUGGUAAUCAGUUUUGCUUGACUUCAAUUUCUACAUUCUUUGCCCAAUUAUGGUUUGGUCCAAACAAGAAAAAAUGCAUGAACAUAAUGGUUUGGCUCUUUAUAUUAUCAAGCACUAUAUAGUGUCACUGUUGGAUAAUAAAUAACCUCCCAAUUAUUAUUGAUUGUCUAUUGGAUAAAUGCAAUCCAAAAUUUAAUUCCUCUCCCCCUUUGCCAUUAUGAUCUUAGUCACUAUCUCUCACUUUGUGGGACAUUGCUUCCAAAUUUUUGGGUUUUUAAAAAAAUAAAAAUAAUUUUUCAGCGUGGAGCACAACUUCCAGAAUGAACAUCAAUCCAGCCAUGGUGUAACAAGUAUGAAGUAACAACGCCAUUUGUAAGGAUGUCUUUAAAACGCUCAAAAUCGUUCUCAUAAAACAAAAUCAAAAAUUGUCACCCUGUUCAUCCAGAUCCAACAGUCAAAGAACGUCCAACACUAUAUCAUGCAAAAAUUGUCACCGUGUUCAUCCAAUAGUCAACAAAUGUCAAGGAACAUUAUACAAACGUCCUUACAGAUAGUGUUAGCAUCUUGUCCGUAUUCGGUCACCAAAUAUCCUACACAGCCAAAAACUAAACGAAUUUGUUGUAAGGUCUCUAAUCCCAAUGGUCCUCCUCUCCUCUUCAAGCAUGUCCUUGCGGGAAUUAUUAAAAAAAAAAAAUCAAAGAAAACUAUAUUGAUUUCUAGCAAUUAGGAAGUAAGCUGGAAGCUGAUGUGAAUUCCCCUGAUGGCAGAGAAGAACAAAAAGACACAUAAAAUAAGGGCACUUGCAUAGUUUACAAGGCUACAUUAACCCGCAAAAUAAUGAACCUUGCCCUUCAAACAAACCCCCCCAAAAAGGCCUAACUUUGUAUUUAAAACUUGCAUGUGAGAAAGGGACAUUGCUCCCUAAAUAAAAAGCAGUAGCAGCAAGUAGUAGAAGCAACCCUCCUCCUCUCUAACUCCAUCAAACAUUUCUCAAAGGAACCCACUUCAAUUCAGAAAGAAAGAAGGACCCUUUUUGUUGUUUCCUAAUCUGCCCUCUUUAUCUUUUGAUGUGUCCAAAUCCUGCCUUGUUGUGAUGCAAUUAUGCAUAAAUGCAAGGUACAUGGUGCUUCUAAUAACAUGGAAAGGAGGAGAAGGGUUGGCAUCGUUGGAGCCGGACCAAGUGGACUCCUAGCCUGCAAGUAUGUUCUCGAGAAAGGGUUCGAUCCGAUCGUGUUCGAGUCUGAGGGCGACGUGGGUGGGAUCUGGUCAUCUCGUACGAUCGCAUCCACGAAGCUUCAGAACUCAAAGGGUACGUACCGGUUCACUGACUUCCCCUGGCCCGAGUCGGUCCAGGAAGUGAAUCCACCACACACUGAGGUCCUGAAGUACAUGAAGGCAUAUGCAAACCAGUUUGGGAUUUACCAACACAUCAAGUUUCACUCCAAGGUUGUUGGGAUAGACUGUGUUGGUGAGUCCUUGGAGGAGAUGAAGUCUUGGGUUGUUUGGGGAGGGAAUGGGAAGCCCUUUGGUUCAUCAUUGCCAACCAAAGGGAAGUGGCAAAUUAGGGUUCAGGAUGUGAGAAGUUCAAGUAUGGAGGUUUAUGAGGUUGAAUUUGUGAUUCUCUGCAUUGGGUUGUAUAGUGGGUACCCAAACAUCCCAGAUUUCCCUCCAAAUCAAGGACCUGAGGUUUUCAAGGGCAAAGUGGUCCAUUCAUGGGACUACUCAGCAAUGGGGAGUGAGAAGGCAGCUGAGUUUGUGAAAGGGAAGAGAGUUGCCAUCAUUGGCUCUCAGAAGACUGCAAUUGACAUUGCUGCAGAAUGUGCCAAGGCAAAUGGGCCUGAGUUUCCUUGCACAAUGGUUCAAAGAACAACUCACUGGACAAUCCCUAGUGAGACCUUGCUAGGGAUCAACAUUGGUUUCUUGUACUUGAAUCGCUUCUCAGAGUUCUUGAUUCACAAGCCUGGUGAAUCUCUCCUUCUCAGCUUGUUAGCCACAUUCCUCAUGCCAUUGAGAUGGGGAAUCUCCAAGAUGAUAGAAUUCUACUUGAGAUGGAAGCUCCCACUCAAGAAACAUGGAAUGGUACCAGAACUCAGCUUCUUCCAAGACGUUUCCUCGUGCCACACAUGCAUGUUGCCCGACAAGUUCUACGACAGAGUGGAAGAAGGAAGCAUCGUCAUCAAGAAAUCCAAAACCAUAAGCUUCUGCGAAACUGGCAUCGUGAUCGGCGACGGUCGAUUGGAGCCUGUCGUGGAAGCAGACGUAGUGAUCCUGGCGACAGGAUACAGGGGAGACCAUAAGCUCAGAGACAUCUUCGAUUCCCCUGCUCUGCAGAAAACCAUCACUGGGUCUUCUUCCAUUGUCCCACUUUACAGGCAAGUGAUUCAUCCUCGGAUCCCACAGCUAGCGGUGAUCGGGUACGCGGAGAGCCUGUCGAGCCUGUCCGCGACGGAGAUCAGGUGCCAAUGGCUGGUGGAGUUCCUGGCGGGGAAGUUCGAGCUUCCGAGUGUGAGCAAGAUGGAGGAGGAAGUGAGGGUUUGGGAGAGGUUCUUGAGGAGGCACAGUGGAGGGAAGUCUAGGAGGGCAUGCAUCAGCAACUUCCACAUAUGGAACAAUGACCAGUUCUGUAAGGACAUGGGGUUGCAGAGUAGGAGAAAGAAAGGGUUUUUGAGGGACUUGUUUAUGCCAUAUGGACCUGCAGAUUACACUGGUCUUCUUGCUGACUGAAAGUUCAUAAGUCCCUUUUUUUCCUCCCCAAAGGUUCAAUUAUUUGCCAUUGGAGAGGAAAGGAAAGAUGUGUUAUGUGGUAAGUGUAGUUGUUUGGUUAUUUUUUUUGUACAAAGCAAUUUGUACUUGUUUUUAGCUUGUUUGGGUUUUUUUCAUGUAUAAUAGGAGGAAACUAGUUUAUGAGUAUGGCCCAAUCCACUAAAAAGAGAAGGAAUUCCAAAUGUUGCAAAGAGUUUAUGCCUUUAUAUUUUUAUUUUUUUUGUCUUUUCUUGACUUUCUUUUAUUGCAAGUUUUUUCAGUGGUAAGUAGAUUUAAGACCAUUUAAGCUCACUUGUAAUAGCAAUCACAUGAAUAGUUUGAUAGUGGUUUAUUGUAUGUGUAAUGUGUUGUGCCUCAUUAUAAAACUUUGAGAAGUAUAAUUAUGUAGAUGCAUUAUAGUAUAAGUAGUCACAAAAUUGGAGCACUGUUCAUCAUGAAAAAUCGAAGGUUAUUGUUUAAGGAUGAAUUUUGUGAUCCGUUGUUGAUAAACCUACAUGAGUUCAUGGAUUACCAGCUCUAAUGCUAUCAUCCUAUCUUGACUCCCAAUGAAGCUUAAUGAUAACAAAAAUAAUUCAUAUAAAUUAUCUUAUACGAUAUCAUAUUUAACAUUUAUAUUUACUAAAUGACGAAUUAACAUCAUUAUAACAUUAAAUCACCCUAUCAAGUUUCAAGUUCUAAUGAAAAUAUGACUCAGUCUUGAAUCUAAGUGAUACAAAAAUAAUAAAUUUGUAUGGAUAAUGAUACCAAUCGGUAGUUUACAUGGACUAUCUAAUAUGUUACAACCUGCGCUAAAUGAUGAACAUAAGGAGAACAAGUUACAAUCUUCUUAUAAAUUUGACAAUAACUAAUAAGAAUAAAGGAGAAGAGACGAUUUGUCUAGAGUAUAUUUUUAAUAUUCCGUGCAUACAAAUAUCUUAAAAUUACUUACGUUGCUGUCAGAUUCAUACAAUUACGCUCACGAGUUUGAACAUUCAUGUACAAGUAUUUACAAUUAAUUAUCUAUAAAUGACCACAGAGUUUGAACCUCCAAUUAGUUAUAUCCAAGACCGUAGAAAAUAAUAUGACAAACCAGACGAUUUACAUGGUAUCCUUAUUUGAUAUGAACAAGACUCGUUCACCAAAAGAUAAUUCGUAGUUAGCUGCCUAUAACUACAUUAAUACAGUAUGAUAAUACACCCAUUCUUAAUCUAAUCGACUAGAGUUAGCCUACAUAAUUCCUCUUUACACCAACAACUAUAUAACGUGUACAAGUAAGAACAAAAUAGCUAUAGCUUGUGGCCUCGUGGCACCAUUUAGGUUCUUUAGCUUCACCUACCUAAUUACCUUUUAGCCUUAUGGUAGUAAUUAAUUACGUGAUUAUACGACUAGCUUGCAUAGUAAACCCAUAGAUUAAGGCUUUGCUGCUUUGUCAAGGUCAGACAUUGAUCCAACAUAACAACCCAAAAUAGGGCUUGGCGACAAGUGAAGAGCUUAGUUUUGGAGAUAUCACUUCUUUUAAUAGGAAAAGAGACCACCAAAAGGGUCGCUGGAGUUGACAUCUAUAUACUUCAGAGUUAAAAGUAAAAAUAUCAACUUACUUAUUACACUGCUCGAUUAGUAUUGUUAGGGACUCAUAAAUUGCAUGGUUAGUG